AUGGGGCAAUUUUUGGUGGAUGUCGUGACACCUCCUCAACCAACCCUUGCAAAGUACAAGGUUUCUUCUAAAGCUUCCAAGAAACCGAUGUCUUCAACUCCUUUGAAGGUCUCUUCACCCAUUCAGAAGCCUGCAAAUGACAGCUCAGAGAGCAGCAGCUCGGACAGCAAGGAAAUGACAGGUGCAAAGGUUAUGCCACCUUCUCAACCAACCCCAGCAAAGUCCAGGGCAUCUUCCAAAGCUGCUAAGCAGCCAGUGACACCAACUCCUGUGAAGGCUACUAAACCCAUUCAGAUGCCGGCAGAUGACAGCUCAGAGAGCAGCGACUCAGACAGUGAGGAAGAGACAGAGGCCAAGAAGAUCGCAGCACCUCUUUUGGCCAGUGCAACCAAGAUUUCUGCAGCUCCAACAUCAUUAACUGGCAGGCAAAGAAAGGUUGCAGCUACAACAAAGACUCCAGUUGUUGCAUUGUUGGCAGAUGGUGGUUCAGACAGCAGUGAAUCAUCAGAGAGUGACGAAGAGCUACCCACCAAGAUUGAAGUUGUACUUCCAGCAUCCCAAGGUAAAGCCAGUACUCCUUCUGCUGCAAAACCGUCAGGAACUCCAUUACCACUGGCAGGCAAGAGAGGAAAAUCCACGGUACUGGUGAAAACCCCCGUCUCCACUAUUCUAGCUGCAGAUGAUGGCUCAGACAGCAGUGACUCAUCCGACAGUGAUGGAGAGCUGCUUAACAAGUCUGCCCCAGCAGCUCCUGUGAAGGUCCAGUCUGCGAAAAAAGCAGUCGGCAAAAAAGCGUCUGCUGUAAAACCCGGAAGUACAGGGGUUCCAGCAGCACCUGCAAAAGCACCCGAGGCAAAAAGUGAUACAAACAGCAGCGACUCGAGCAGUGAGGACGAGAAGACCCUGACUGCAUCCUUAGAAGCUGCAACUCCUGCAUCUGUACAACCAGGAAAGGUGGCCAAAGGAAGGGGAGCAAACACCCCCAAAGCUGCCGUAACAGCAAACCCAACAGCUAAUAAGGGAAUCAGUCAGGUCUCUGCAAUCAAAAGUCCUGUCGGAGCAUCAGCUACCGCACAGAACAAGUCAGCCGGUUCACCAGAAGACACAAGUGACAGUGACUUAGACAACUCCCAGGUUUUGAUCCAGCCUCCAUUGGCCACAAAAGCUUCCUUGCCCCAAUCAAAACAGCCCAAAAAGUUAAAGAACAAAGAGGCUUUAGCUCCCAGCAACAAACAGAAGAAAUCCUCAAAAACCAAGCUUCCGACUGCAACAGCACCAAGCCAACUUCCAAUGUUUGAAUCUGAAGAAGAAACCGUUCUAGCUCUCUUGGAUGGAAGGAGUCCAAAGAAAAACAAGGGGAAAAAAUCUGGAUCGAAAAAAACUUCAGAUGGCAGCUUAGCUGGUGCCUCUGUGGCCGCUGGACAGUAUACAAGUAGUCUGGUUUCAAUGGGUCCAGGUACAGAAGAUAAAAGUGGAGUUGAAGCCACAGUAACGGCGAGUAUGUCACCGCUAGCAGUGGCUCCAAUUCCCACCCUACCGGUGUCUGAGAAGACCAAAACCAGUAAAAAACGAAAGGUACCAACCGAGGAUGGAGUUGCCAAAAAGAAAGCCAAGGUUGACAAGAAGGCAAAAAAGGAAGGGAAGAAGGAAAAGAAGAAGUCCAAGUUAGUGGAGGGAGAAGCUGGGCUGUUGACACCAAAAACCAAAUCCUCCAAAAAGAGUGAAAAGAAGUCUGAGAAAUCUGAUAAAAAGUCAAAGAAAAAAAAGAAAGAUUCGAAAGAUAAGAAAAAGGAAGGAAAGAAGAAAUCUCUUGGGACAACAGCGCCAGUUGAGGGUCUUCCCAGUCCUGGGUUGGGCCUGGCCUCUAAGCCUAAGAAAAAGAAGAAGACAAAGGCUGAAAAAAUGUAACUUGCUGACCCAGUAAGGUAUCAGCAAACCCAGGACUGUGAAAGAUUCAUAUGAGGAAGAAGAAAAUCAUCGGAUUUUGUGAUUUUUACGUAUGUUUUCAAUGAAAAUACUGUGCAGGAGCAACUCUAGAAUGACAAAUGUGAUUUUUUUUUUUUUGUUUGUUUUCUAUUUUUAAUUGGAGCUUCUGUCAUCAGAUUUUUACCUCACAAUUUCUGUGAGUAGUGGGGUAUUCUGGCUGAGGUUUACGGUGCAGGUUUCAGGGGGCAGCAGCCAUUGUGCCCUAUUGGGUUAUCAUGCUUCACACGUAGGAGAGAUCAAAGAUGUCCCUUGUACCAGGCCCAUUUGGGAACUUUCCGCAGCGUUUCCCUCCCGUGUGUCCUGCUGAGGUGAAGAAUCAGGAUAUGUUAUCUCGAUGCAGUGAAUGUGAGGAGACCAAGCUCAGGGUAUGUCCUGAGGUCUCUGUCCUGGGUUAGGCCCAAGGCAGUGCCCCACAUCACUGUGUGCCACUGGCUGGGUCUGUUGUAGCCUAGCUCUGUACAUAGGUUGUCUCCUGAUCUAAACCGUGUGUUUAGAUGAAUAUAUUUUUAAUCUUUGUAAAAUAUCUUUUCUAUUUCUGUGUUUUAAUGGACUGAUUGAUGAGUGUAUCAACAUGCUCCUGGCUAAUGAGUUUCACAAAAGGAGUGCUUGUUUACAAUAGCACACUAAAGUUAAUGGUCUAAACGUUUUAUGUUGGGGACGUCAACCAACUAGUUCCCAGCUAACUAUUAAAAAUUUUCAUACGAA